AUGUUUCUUGCGUCUGUUACGAAUCCGUCUCGACGAGUAGGAGCCCUCGCAUACCUAAAUCACCACCUACCAAAGCUCGCCGGUAAAAUACCAUCGGAUGAUAUCGUCAAUGAAACUGGCGAUUAUGAAAAGGGAGAAAACAGGACUCAUGAUAUGACCAGUGCUCUAGAAAGCGUCACAUCACCCGAGCCAGGCCUUCUGAUUCGAUGUUUUGCAACUGGGUUGGCGGAUGAACAAGUACUUAUACAGCGAAAUUUUUUGGACCUGCUUGUCACCCAUCUCCCCCUACAUUCUUCUGUUUUACAACGGCGGGUUACUUCUAAGGACCUAGAGCUACUUGUUGGUGCUGCCGUUGGAGUGGUUAUCCGGAGAGAUAUGAGUCUCAAUCGUCGACUGUGGGCAUGGCUAUUAGGGCCUGAUUUUGAUAAAUCUUCUCAUGCGAAUGAUGCCGGAGUCCACAACUCAAUGUCUUCUAGCUCCGCUGCUAUGGCUACAUUUGACAACAAUAGCUCGAAGUCACAUUACUUCGAACAAUUCGGUUUUAAGCCCCUUGUCAGUAGUGUCAAGUCUAUGCUUGCGAAGAAUUCUUCCAACCCAAACGAGCGAUCCCGGCCAUACCGUAUAUCUUUAUCACUUAUGGAUCGGUGGGAAGUUGGAGGAUUGGUAGUUCCGGAAGUUUUUCUCCCCGUCAUCCGCAGUACGCAGAGAUACAAACAUAUUGCCAAGUCAAAGGCCAGUUUUGAUGAAGUAUUCCGGAGCGCCAGUGCUUUCUUUGAUGGUGUAGAAAGCAGCUUAAUAUUUUCGGAGCUUGUCGGUCUAAUUCUCUCACCUCGUUCGAGUAUAUCACGGCCAAAUCGUAUGAUGGACGACUUACGCCUGGCUACAUUCAUGUUGUCCCACUUCAAUAUGAAAGAAGAAGAGAUGCUAACCACACAUAUACCUCUCCUGAUCUUAUCAUUACUUCUGAAAGCAAAAGCCUUAUGCACAUCCAGUGCAUGGAACGAACCGGGCUACUCUAGUGUAGCAAGUUCCGCUCUUGAUGAAAUAGGGUCCGUUGCCAAUUUACUGGUUCGCCUUGUUCCUGAAAGAGCAUUCACUCCUCAUCCGGAGAAAAGUCGUGACUCAAGCAUGGAUAAUGCUACAACAUCUAUGAGCAAUGAGCAAGUAACAAAAGCAAUUCUAAAUUUCUAUUCUCGAAGCAAGGAUUCGCUGCGCCUCCCAGAGCCCCCUUUUUCGUCCACCGGAGUGGCCACCAUCAUUCUCCGCGAAGCUCAGUCUUUGGUUAUGCUUUCUUUGGAAUCAGAUACUCAAACCCAAUUCCUCAGAGAAAGAAUAAAUUUGUUCGUUGCUCUGCUGAGUAAAAUGCAAAGAGCAGAGCUCCCAGAACCAGGAAAGCUAUAUGAAGCCAUCGAGGAAAAGCUUACUACUGCAAACGAUGGCCAUAGUGUCCUCUCUAUGUCUGUUGUCAACUCAGCUGUAUUUGCUCUUACCUCCUUAUAUUCCACAAAAAAGUCCAGUCGUUAUAUCAGCUAUGAGCAGAUUACAGAUCUGAUUCCAGUCUUAGUCCAGCAACUAUGGGAUUUUCUGGAGCCGGCAAACUUGCGCUUUCAUGUUGAAGCUGCGGCAUGUUUAUGGCUCUUACACUCUGUUAGCUGGAGAGACCAUCUUGUCGAAGCCGCAAUAACCUCGGUCAUGAUCUCUCCCUCGACUUCUUCCCAUCAAGCUCCACUUGAUCAAGCAGAGAAAUUUUUUGUACUUUGGAACCAUAGCCAUCAUUCCAACACGGAUUCUUUUGCAUUACGUACUCCUAGUGAUGACGGCCCAGAUAUAAAAACAGUAUAUCGUGCAAAUCUCUUGAGUCAGCCACUGUUUAAUGUUCUGGGUCUUCUGUCAUCUGGUUCAGAAGAUACAUCUUUGGCAGUCAGAGAUUGGCUUCGCGAUUUACCAUCUACAUAUGAAUUAUUUCGUGUCAUUUUGUUGAAGUUCCGCGACUUCCAUCUCCUUCAGGAGACAUCGACAGAGGAAACAAGCGAAUUCAGGGAAACAAUGAUACUCAGCCAUGCCAACCAGUGCAUUUAUAUGCUUCAGCUAGUGCGAAACGUGUUAUCCGUGCUAAGCCCAGCUGGAUGGUCGUUGAUAUUAUCAAAUACUGCCACGCAGCCAUCACGAACUAAAUCCGUACCAUUCGAUGUAGAGGAAAACAAGGGAGAGGUCACCAUCCAAACCGAGAUUUCACAGAUAUGCUUCCAUGCACUUCAUGGUGUCCAUCGUGUACCAGAGUGCCUUCACGAACAACAAAACCAGAUAAGAAAAGAAGCCUUGUCCCUUCUGCGUCUACUACUGUCCAGUACAGGAGCAGAAAAGUUGCUCUCUUUAGAUAUCGAUUCCUACCUCCUUGAUCAUCUAUCCCUAGCCUUAGAUGAGGGGAAAGUAGAGCACCAGUCUUCCAUAAUCGAUGCUCUGACUCCGGUUCUUAAGAUGAGAUACGCGCAUCAUAUAGGGCUUUCAACUGCUGCGUCUAACAGACAUCAGAGAAAGGGAUCUUUUGAUAUAUCCCGAAUGUCGUUUAGUGCGGAGAGGUCUGACAAGAGCCAAGAGAGCCAAACAUUACCCCAACCGCCUGCAAAGCUCUUGGAUUGCCUACUAAAAGGCAUCAGCUCAAAGAUAUCCCGACCCAUCAUUGACAAAUGGGUUAAUUUCCUUGCGGAAUGUCUACCAUUAUACUAUAAGUCCAUUUUCAAGGUACUCCUAACGCUCGCGGAGUGCUUCUGCAAGGAAAUAAGUUCUUCAUUCAACGAACUUCAAGUUAUGUUUCAAAAAUUAUCGGAAGGAUCCCCUAGUUGUUCGCCUGAACAUACCACGAUAGCUUUAUUGAGUGGCCUAGAGACUUGCGUUGCAACUGCUCAUGACCGCCUUCAAGUUGAAGAGGUGAACACGGCUGCUGUGAAAUCACCAGAUCAGCCGCAGGGGUUUUUUGGCAGCAUGUUUGCAUCUGAAGGAGCCCAAGCCCAGCCCACAAGUAGCAACAACACGAGGCUCACAGUCCUUCUAUGUUUCCAGGAUGCUGUGCAGCUAUGCUAUUCAAUCUGGGCAUGGGGUCCUGGUGGCCGAAGUAAACAGCCUCGUGAUCUUGACUCCGUGGCGUCUUUUCAGUAUACCUCAUUGAGAAUGAGAAACAGGGCUAGAAGGAUACUCGAACAUUUGUUUGCAGCUGAGGCCCUCGAGUGUCUUGAAACAUUGAUCAAACUCUGGCGUACGUCAAUAGCUUUGGAUGAACCUGCCAAAAGUAGAGCAAUAUUUAGCCUACUCCAUACCCUGGACGGAUCAAAACCCAAGGUCACGAUUCCUGCCAUCUUUAAUGCUAUAUAUAGCCGGACUAGCCCAGCUGCACUAGAACCCAGCCGUAAAUCGUCCAUGUCUUCUGAAUUGUCAGAGACCGACCUCGCAGCUUUCCUUGUCAUGUAUGCCAAGUCGUUGGAUGAUGACUUUUUGGAUGACAUCUGGGGUGAUUGUAUCACCUUUUUGAAAGAUGUUCUCACAAACCCAUUUCCACAUCGCCAAAUCUUACCUCGUUUGCUAGAGUUUGCUGUAGUGCUUGGAGGCAAGAUGGAAAACACCACAUUUGGGGAUGACCGAAGAACCCGGAGGGAACUGGGGGAUCUGAUAUUGCGACUUCUCCCGGCUAUAUUCACCAGCAAGCCGUUAUCUGGGACCCAUGAACCAUCAGCGCCUCGGGACCAAGAGUCAGAGCAAUCUAGCUCGCCCUCUCUUUUACAGCGCAUUGGGCCGGACGAUAUCAUUGGUAUCCUGUCUGUCAGCCUUCCAACGCUAACAGCCACUCUUGAUGAGGCAGAUAGGGUAUCCAACGCGCUGUCCAGCAUAUCAACAAAUAUUAUAUCUCCUACAUUUCACUCACGCUUAUUCCCAUCCAAUGUGGACAAGAACACCUUAGAUCUCCUGCAGCAAAUCUCCAAGAUCCAAGGAGCAUCCAAGAUCUGGAAGAAGGACGUUAGCGAUGCGUUCAAUGACAGCAAGUUUUUUUGUUUCAAGUAUGGCCUGGUCAAGAGCCAUUGGAUACGCCUCUUCCGUCAAUGGGCCCUAACAGAUACAGAACGCCUUACGGAAGUGCUCACCCGCCUCACAUCCCCAACAUCUGCUGGUAUAAUGUUCGGUGUUGGUGCGAGCGCUGCUCGACUGGAAGCGGAUCGUAAAGCACAGUUGAACCUCCGUCGAAUUGCAUUAUUGAUAAUUGCAUCUGACGAAGACCAUUUCAGCGCUGAGCUAUCAGAACUUCAGCAAAAGCUAGAAGAUCUCCUUGCAGCUACUCAUGUAUCUUCCCCAUCCUCCGUGACAAGAGCAGAGAUAUACAUGGUCCUAAGAGCCUUGAUCCUCAGGACUGGAUCCACCAGCAUUGCUCCCUUCUGGCCUAUGAUCAGCACGGAACUCCAAGAUGCAAUUUCUGCUAUUUCUCCAGACCAGGAGAGCGAGAGCUUCAACCCCUAUUCACUUCUUCAGGCUGCAAAGCUUCUGGAGACACUACUUCUUCUCUCACCAGACGAUUUCCAGUUACAGGAGUGGCUUUUCGUCACAGACACCAUAGACGUUGUUUAUCCACCAAAUCGUUGGGAAUCAAGAGCCCUUGCCGACGAACUCUCUCGUUCAUUGGGGAAGAGCAAAAGUCCCCGAAGUGAACAUUCAGCCUCCGCUCAAGACACAAAUGGCUAUGAUGGUGGCGGCGAUGACGAAAGCGUUGGUACGGAAUCUAGCAAAAAAGAUGGGUUUAAGAAAGCUUGGUUGAACUCGGAUCUUAGCAGGGAAACAGCCAAGGAUGAGAUCGUAGAGAAGUUGUUGCGGCCCUUCUUUGACCGGUUGAGUAUACAUUCUUUUGAGACCAUGUAUAGUAUGGGUGUUCCAGACAUCGCGGCCUGCACAGAUGAUCUUCUGGCUGAUUUGUUUAACGAGUUCACCAUAGUUAGCUAA